CGGAAAAAGCGGUAUACUCUUUUAAAAGACCACUUCGAUCCGCGCUUGAUCGAUACACUGCCACCUGAAGCUGCACCAAGUAAUAAGAGGAUAAUAAAAUUAUAGAAUUGAUGUAAGAAGGAAUUUUUCCAGACAAUUACACAACGAACGUAGCUCUUGAAAAUUUGUAUCGCCGGCAAAUUUAUGUUGUACUACAGAACUUUUAAGUUUCUUUAUGGGAAGGUCCACCGACGAUUCACGAUCCACCCCCUCUUCUCGUUUCAGCAGCCGAAAUUCCUCAAGAGGACGACCGAGGAGUUGGAGCCAGCAGGCGGUGCUAGUGGCGAUGGCGGGUUCGGCGAGCCGCCGGUUAAGAUGCAGUGCACGCAAGGGCAGCAUCAGCAUCAGCAGCAGGGUCCGGGCGGCGGCGGUGGUGGCGGGCCUCAUCACGGCCACGGCCAGCAUCAGCCGGGGAACGGCGCGAACUCGACGGGUCCGGCGCCCGGUGGCGGCGGUGGCGGUGGCGGCGAUGACGGGAACGAGGGACUCACCAAGUUCCACGUGCAGAUCGUACAGCAGCUGGAGUUCACGACCUCGGCGGCGAAUAACUCGCAGGCUCAGCAGAUCUCCACGAACGUGACGGUGAAAGCGCUGACGAAUGCAUCGGUGAAGAGCGAUCUGUUAAAUGCGUCCUCAUCGCCGAAGCCCGGUCCGGAUGCGUCCGCAUCCGCUACGUCUAGGCCGCCCGGGAACGGCAAUGGUCCCGGAGGUCCCGGAGGUCCAGGAGGUCCUAACGGGCCCGGCGCGACUGGUAGUGGCGCCGGUGGAGCCGGUGGCAGCGGCGGCAUAGGCUGCGUUGACAUCGGUAACCUCGUCGAAUGCAAACAAGAACCCGACAACGAGUUCGUGGAUCUGGAACAGUGCGCCGCGGCACUGGAAAAGGACGCCGCGGCGAACGGUACCGGUUUCCCCGGCUUCUCCGAGUUCAUGGGCGAGGACACCGGCGACGAGAUCAUCACGUCGGACGCGUUCAAGGAUCUCAUAUCUGAGAUAUCGGACUUCCAUCCGGAGUUCAUGAAGGACUUUGACCUCAAGGACUUUGAGGACAAGAACGUAGACACGCCGAAUAACGGACAGAUCAAGAUCGAGGACGACAAGGACGCGAUCCAUCAGCAGCAGCAGCAACAGCAGCAUGCCAACGGCGCGAACAACGGCGUCAACAGUAACAAUGUCGGUAACAAUAACGGUAACGCCAUGCCUGCCAACUCGAGUCCGGGCGCUCUCGGCUCCUCGCAAUAUUCCCCCGCUCGACUUCCAUACUCCGGGCUGGACUUUAAAUCCGAGAUGAGUCCGGCGGCACAGACGCUCAAGCAGAUGGCCGAGCAGCAUCAACACAAGAGCCAACAACUGGGCCUGGGUGGAUUCAACCCCGCGGCGGCCGCCGCGGCCGCCGCCGCGCGGGGCCCGGCCACGAGGUCCCCUUACGCCGAGUUUUCUCAAUUCGGCGGCGCUUCCGAUUACCUCGGUAGUCCGGGCAGCGCCGGCCCGACCGGUGGACAGAACCAGGCCACCGCCGCGGGGACCGGCUCGUACCACAAGAACAAUGGCACGCCGACCUUCCAGAGUCAGCAGACCAACGAUAUGUUCGUCAGCUCACAGACCCAGUUCGCCGCGGGCCUCACUGAUAUGAAGAGGCCCCAGCCGACCGCGACGGGCGGCAAGCCCGGCAUGCUGGGGCCCAGCGGCGGUUACAAGCAACAAUACUCGCCGUAUGGUAGCCCGGGCUCGAUGCCGAAUCACGGCAGCCCAGGAUACCCAUUGCCACCAAGAGGUUCGCAGGGAGGUGGACCUAACCCGACCGGUUCGCAGGGACCCUUUAACACGACUUCCACGCCGCCGAGACCUCCCUCGGGAUCCGGUACUUCGACCUUGCAGAUCAACCAGGCGCAGCAGCUGCACAUCGGUAACCAGAUUCAGGUAAGUGUAAUAACUUUUUUCCUACCCCGGAUCGAUUUUCUCGAAAACGAAAUCUCGCGCGGAAAAUACCUAUUCCGCAAAUGACAUUUGCACGAGAGAUAGCAUUUUGUAUCUUGGCAUUUCAACGAAGGAAAAAUGGUAUUGUGCAUCAUGUUAUCUAGUUACAGGGGAGAGUCCGCGUGUAUGAGAUACCGAAUUUAUUUUUUGUAAUUGCCGGAAAUCUACGGGCACAAUUAUAAAA